AUGGCUCCUAGAAAAAAAAUAGCUGUUGUUACAAGGAGUAAGGCUCAUGCUACACUGCUACUAGCAGAAGAAAUAACUCAGCCACACAAUUCUGGUUUAGAUUCUCAAGCAUCAGCUUCUCUCUCAAAAAAGAGACAAAAAUCAGCGAAUAAGCAAAAUCAAGGAAUCGAUAAAACUGUUAAUGAUACAAAAUCAACGAAUAAACAAAAUCAAGGAAUCGAUAAAACUGUUAAUGAUGCAAAUGAAUCCUGUUUAGAGGCUUCUUCCUCGAAAAAGAGACAAAAAUCAAUGAAUGAACAAAAUCAAGAAAUCGAAGAAACUGUUAAUGCUUUAAAUUAUGCUAUUGCUAUUGAUGAUGAUGAUGACUUUGAUCCUUCUAAAUUUUUUGUCAAUAAAGAAGAGAUGUUAUCUUCGAAUUCUACAAUUGAGAAUUCAGCAAGCAAGGUUUCACAUAUGACAACUCAAAUAUUAAAUAUGGCAACUAUGGAAUCACAUACGGUAGCGACAAUUAUAACAGCACUACUGAUUUGCAUAAAUGAAGCUUCACAUAUGGUAGCGACAACUUCAACAGCACUACCAAUUUGCAUAAAUGAAGCUUCACAUAUGGUAGCGACAACUUCAACAGCACUACCGAUUUGCAUAAAUGAAGCUUUACAUACGGCAAUGACAACUUCAAUAGCACUACUGAUUUGCAUAAAUGAAGCUUCAUAUAUGGCUACAUUAGUUCACCACCCAAGAAUUUUAAAUUUAGCUAGGAUGAUUCAAAAUGGAAUGACAAUCCAAGUAUCAGAUAUGGAUAAUAAUAAUACGAUAGUUUCAAGUAAUGACCGAUCUUAUAACUAUAUACCAAAUACUUCAGAAAUUAAACAGGAAGAAUGCAAAGCACUAUUUCUUCAUACAAGAAACAAUACAGCUGAGUUGGAUGAAGAACUAUCAGAUAGUAAAUUAUCUGAAUUUGUUGAUGAAGAUGCUGUUAAAUCUGUUCUUAUUGCUCAGGAUAAUAGACAAAAUACACGAAUUGCAAUUAGAGAAUGCGAUGAAUAUACACUUGAUUUAAAAAUCCCAACAAAGCUUGGUAUAGUAAAAUCAUUACCAGUUAGAGACUUUUUGAAUUUUUAG